AUGGAGCUGAGUCACGAGGACCUCCGGCGCCUGAUUAACCAUAUCUUCCUCCCACCAAAAUUGCCCCAGCACGAAGAUAAUGGCAGUGAUAUCCCGUUCAUUGAGGUCACCCUACAGUCCCUCUAUUCACUCCGGGAUCAGAUCUUUCCAACACGGCGGGACUCGGCACUUGACACUGCGAUUGCUCUGGUGGCGCAGAUGAAGGCGGUGCACAGUCUGGCGGGCGGGAACCUCGAUCAAGAGUGUCUCAAGAACUCCUUAGCCAACUUAUCGGUGGGGCGGACAUUGGCGAUCAAAAUAUCGGCGCAGAAUUCGGCAGUUCUGAUCACGAGAAGCAAGGGUGCUCUCGUCUUCGAGAUGUUCGAAUUAUCCCCGUCCAAUGCAGCUGUGCUGGCAACGAGAGGGAGACUGCUGCGAAACUUUCCUGGUCUGUCUGUGACCCUCGAUGUUGACAUUCUCGACCGAGCCGACUGGCUUGACACGAUGGCCAACACUUUGAGCACAAUGUCCUCGCAGAAAGUGGCCGGUGUGCAGCCGAAAUCGAAAAAGGCCGGCACUCAACACCAGGAGGAGCGCGACACCACGAAGCCAGGUGUCGUGUCUGAAAUCCUCUUCGGCUUUCUCAGAGGCUCUGCGUCGGCCGCGGCAACCUCCGUCUCAUCCGUGUGGAAACGCACAAGGGACGACGUUCUCUGGAAUCAGGCCUGGGCUCCCUGGCGUCGCUCGCCGAUGUGGUUGCUCAUCCGAGUGGCGCUGCAGCUGGUGCUUUCGCGAUCUGAAAACCAUAUCCUGUACAAAGAAAUCAUGGUUUACACAAUGGGAUAUGUCUUAAAAGCAGCACGCGCAAGUCAAGCCCACUUCGACUCUGAUAUCAUCUUCACGAUGACAGUAAAGCUUUCCCGGCGUCUCCAGAAGCUCUCCGCUGUUGGCCACGGACUGCCUGACGUGAUACGGAACACCGUGCAGCGCGUCGUCCGCGACUCUGUCGACAUGUUGUCGCGUCGCUGGACCGCGAUACAAAAACACAAUGGGCGACACGUGGACCUUAUCACACUGGAGGGCCUGAACUUUCAGCGAGACACCUGGGUCUAUCUGCCCGCGCUCGACGCUCAUCUCGCUAGUAUACAGAAUCGGAAGUACGAAGGCGUUGUCACGCCCUAUCUCCCCUCCUCUCAACUUGUCAAGCGAAGCCCGGACGCUCUGCCGUCUCUUCCUUCCAGCUUCUGGGAAGAUGAGUACGACGCCGUCGCAAAUUUGCACUCCUUUGAGCGGUGGAUCACAGCGCACCUGGAUGCCUGGAUGGCGACACAGGAACAUUCGGAUGCCAUCGAGAAGUUGCAUGCGCUGUCACAGGCAUAUCACAAGCUGGCCAGCCAUCACUACGGUCUCAAUCCGGAAAUGUCCUCCGUCAUGCUCUUGACCCUCUUCGAGUUGUGGAAUGCAAUUGACACGAUGGCGGUGCAGCUGUGCCCACUGCUGGCUGACUUCGAUCCGCAGAUUCCAGCCGCAGAGCUUCAGAGCUUACUGCUUCCCUUCGCCGAGCAAAUGCGGAGGCUGGGCAGAGUCGAAAGCUCCCUGAGAUCUCGAAGCGCGGCAGCUUCCAAGGCCUCGAGUCUCCUCUUCGAUAUGACAGACCGAGGAUUUGCCAACGUAUUCUUCGCACAGUCGAGCUCUCAUCGUGCACUUCUGGAGGAGAUCCAGGUUGAGGCUGCGGCUGCGCGACGAAGAAAGCUCGUCCAGUUCAGGGAGACCGUUGCCGAGUAUCGUCGCCUCGAUGCUCUCCACUCCCAGGCCACUUGCGACUACAUCACGAGAGUUUUGGACGAUUGGUGCGAUCCACCGGAGAUCGAGCGGUCGCACAGCCGCAAUUGCGUGAAGUGUUCGUAUGCCUCGAGGCGCGACAAGCUCGCAAUCCAUGUUCACGAAUGGCCAUUGCCGUCCCUGAUGUCGCACGCUCGCGCCGUAGUCUUUGAGCUCGCGCUCCCGUCUUGGUACGGUCAUUGGCGCGAUGCCCGAUCAUUCUUGUUGCAAAGUGUGCUCCGAGGUGAACGCUCGCCGCUCCGACCCCACACCAGCUAUCGCCUGGGGGUCAAUGAUCCACACCUGACGCAACGGCACUUUCGUUCGUUAAAGCACCAUCGGAUUGGCCUGCUUUCUCAGACCAAGCCUUGCCUGAACACGCAUUACGGUAGCAAGAAGAUUGCCACUCUGGAAGAGACUGACGUGUGCCAACCUAACGGUCUGCACUAUGGCUACUACGACGCAAUCAGUGAUACCGAUAUGGGAGAUCUCGUCUUCACGAACCACGUUGCUCGCAGCUGCACGUAUCGCCUCUCCCGUGAGGCGCUGCGCCAAUUCAUCUUCCGUCCGCCUUCCCGACCGGAUGGACCGAGGCCGAACACCGCGAUUGCUGCGCAAGAUCAGUGCCCAGGAGAUAUGACUUUGGAAGAGUACAAGGAGCUUGCGACCUUACCUCUGGGCCGUCAUCUGCAGUGGGCCAAUAUCCUGGCUCAGCUCGCGAUGACCCAGGUCGAUUUCAAGAAGCUGGAUACCAUCUUGAUAUUUCUGCAAUGCAUAUACCAGGCCGGCCCCCCGGGUGACACGGACUCCUACCGCGAGUCACACACCUUUAUGGCCAAGGUUGCGAAUGUGUCCUCCCUACUCGAAGCAGCCACGACAGCAUUACUCAGAGUCAAAGCCAACUGGGAAUCCGCGCACGCGAUCGAACUCUUCGUCGCGCUUGUCGCGCGCAUGCUCUCGUUGAGCCCCACCACUUCCAGCCAGACCUCCUGUUUCGUCUUCUUGGACCUUGCUCGCGACACGACCAUGAAAUGGAUACGAGUGCUCCGUGACAAAGCGUGUGCAGCACAGACACACGACGACCGGAUGGUUUUCACUAACAAGAGUGUGGAGAUUGCGCUGAUAUGCGCAUCGACAUUCGAUGUGGACGAUUACCAUGUUGCUGGCGUGCUCGAGCGCCAUGGAUCAGUCCUCUUACAAUGUUCCAUUCUAAUCCAGGAAGCUGAAUGUGGUCUGACGGGAGAAGCGUCUCACGAGAUGAUCUCCAUGCUUAAGCUGCAUUACCAACGACUUCUCCACCGCGUCUAUGAGGUAUUCACCCAGGACACCAUGGGUGGCGUCCUAGAUCACGCGGUCCUCCAGUCUUGGUCAGGCUAUCUCCCGAGCGACUUCGGCUGGCGGGUCGCAUCCGCAGCAGUCCGCCACUGGGUGACUACCAUCACGGCCGAAGCAUAUGGCAGUAUUGGAAUGCAUGUGCAUCUCAAUCUGCUCACGGGCGAGCUGUUGGUGGAUGGACUGCCCUUGAACCAGCCACCAAAGGGGUACCGGGAGACAGCCUUGUAUAGGUGCCUCUUCGAUCGCGCUUCCGUGGAGGUCAUGCCGUGCACCUCGCCAGGAUUUGAGUUCUCGACGAAACAGACGUUUGGACACGGCUACUCACUCCGUAUUGGGUUGUCCUCUGAUGAACUCGUGGUGAGAGCGUCGCGCAACGGCUUGGUCUACGAUACCAUACCCGCACACACGAUCACCGAAUACGCAUCGCACUUCGUGGAUGAUCACGUGCAUUGGUAUGAUCACCAAACAGGGACUAUCCAAUUUCGGCCAAAGUCGGAUCCGUGGAAUGCCGCUUCGCCUGAUGGCUGGAUGCUUUCGAAGGAGGGCGGGGGACAGCGGUGGCAGCUUUCCCGAGCUGGCGCUCUCGUCGCGGGAGUCAAUUCGCCGACCUCACGGAGCAUCGGUCACAUAUUGGAGCCGCUGGCUCAUCCUGCUCGCAUCCAUAACGUGGUUAGGACGGAAGGCACCUUGCACGUGGACAUCCCCAUGCUUCGUCUCAGCUUCUUCUUGCGCGAAGGUACUUCCCACCUAGAAUCCAGCGAAUUCCGAGCUAUGGCUGUGGACAGCAACCAGUCUGUCGGUAGCCUAGUGGGACUCAAGAACAAGCUCCUCCUCAAGUCCACACAAGAAUGUGGACCGAACGCAAUGCGCCGCAGCGUUCUGAUCCCCGAGUCGGCGCUCAUUUCAUAUGCUCGCGAGUCCGGCCAUGUUGCAGUCAAUAUGACGACCGAUUCCAUCUUCGCUGUGCACGAGCUCGAGAUAGAUCCGCUCCUGGGCCGGCUCGUGGACAAUGGCAGCUGUAAGCUAUAUGUGGCAUACCUUCAUGCCCUCACGUCGUUUUGCCUCGCCGAUCCCUUGACGAGAAGAACUGGCACGGAACAGGCCCUCAGCCUCCUCAAGAGUGCUGCCGUGAGAUCUUUCGAUCAUCUGUCACAGACUCAAGUGGAUACGCUCUGUCGCCUGGCAGGCCUGACCCCUAGCCGCUCAUACUACCCGCGCCAUGAGCGAGUCAUGCAGAGUGUGGAUUGGGACGGCCAGCUGAGUUUCUUGUCCCAACAUGGACAUUUUCUGUUCGCCGCGAGAGAAAUACUGGAUCAAGCCACGAAGGCCAGCAUCUUCUGGUCGGACCAGGAGCCGAGGCCGACGUGGCCUAAAUUCGACAAAACAGAGGACAAUCUUGUGGUCCGGGAUAAUCUUCGGUGCUCUACAUUUCGAGUUUCUCAAUUCGGUGCAGAGGAUCACACCGCGGAGCACGAUCUGGAAUACAGUUCCCGAGACCACGAUCCAAAUUCGAAGCGUGCCGCAAGUGCGACGGCCAUGUCGACCUUCAUGUCUCGAAGUGGCACUGAAUUGUGCGAUGCGCUGAACCCCGGAUGUCUAUACAACGAGCUCGUGCUGACUGACUGCAUCAAUGGGCCCAGCUCGCUCCAGAAACCACAGAACCUGACGAGGUAUUCUGGCGCGCUGCUGUCGGACGGACCCGAUGGCGUGAGGCAAAAUCUGCCCGUGUUGCACCGCUGGCUCACAAGCGCAGAUGCGCAGAAUCACAAGUUCUCCAUUGUACUGUGGCUAUGUACACUGGCAUCGGCCGGCAAGCUGAAUCCCUGUGUGUUGCAGGUGCUUGGUGCAUUCUUCAAAGCACCGACAUUAGCGCAGGUGAAGGCACCGGAGGCACUCUCUUUUCGACCGAAAAUGGGCGGGCAAUGCUCGUAUCCUGCUCUGCGCAAGAUUAUAGUACCUUAUCGGAAGCCGCUCUCGACAUGUCCAGAAAAUUCUCUGAGGAGAUCGAAGAAUGAGAAGCUUCACGUGUACCAGAGAAGACGUGACAUGGCCUGGCAGAGUGCUAGCGACUCUGUUCUCGACAGCUUCCUACGAUCGCUCAUGGGCCAAUGGCCUUGCGAGCACCCCGUAACCCCCGACGUCUCUGCGUCAUCGAAAUACGUCGACGUCGCGGGCGCCAUGAGAGCUGUCCGGGAUACAUUUCAGAAGUGGCACGACAACAAGUGUCUAUUCCAAUAUCUUGAUGACGUGGAGCGGAUCAGCCGUGUCCUUGGUGUGCGGAAAGUGGAGGUCCAGAGCUCUACGGGCAACGUGAGCCAAGCGGAGAUCACGGCGAUCCCUCGCGGCUACGUGAGCGAGCAGGACUUGUUCGCAGCGGGGCCUGAUCCCUUGCUGCGAGGUGCUCAUCGACCAAAGCUUGCUCACAUGACUAGAGUGGCAUGUCCUGCGCGACCACACCCGCGUCUGAGCUGUCUCCUCGAAUCAGUCCGGAGCAGACUUUCUACCUCAAAAUUUGCCAAAGCAUAUUGCGCGGACCUCGAAGAAAGCAUGGAAGCAUUGCUGGAGCGCGAGACUUGGCAAAUCGACAGCAGUCCUCACCUCAAGGAGCUCAUCGCUCACUUCAGGCGUUGCCAGGUAUAUUCCGACCAGAUCUACGGCCAAUUAUCUGCGGUUGUCAAUGCUCGAGGAGAUGCUUCGUGCCAGAUUCAUCUGCCGCGAGUGUCGCCGAUAUUAUUUCUGCAGCAGUUGUCGCACCGUCGCUGGAAGCAUGUCAGUGCGCAAUGGAAGGCAUGUAUCGUCCAAUACGGCAUCGCCUUGACUACGUUGCAGCAGGCCAGGCGACUGCUGACACUCUCAGAUCCCGCCGCGAGAGACGAUCUCGUUGCGGAGCUGCAAAACUCCGGUCACCGCAAUUGGGAUCCCACGGAAUACCCUGAAUCUCUCCUCAUCGAGGUGGAGAGUGGGAUCCUCAUUCGCGAAGUCCAGGAGCAGAUCGCAGGGCACAUACGCAGCCCGCCACACGGCGAGAACGCGGUCAUGCAGCUGAACAUGGGCGAGGGCAAGUCCACCGUCAUCGUCCCUAUCACAGCCUCUGCUCUUGCAGACACGCGGCUGGUGCGUGUCAUCGUCGCCAAAUCCCAGUCGAAGCAGAUGGCACAGAUGCUGAUUUCCAAGCUCGGUGGUCUUGUCGAUCGGAGAGUCUAUUAUCUGCCCAUUUCACGGUCUCUGAGGCUGGGCUUGCACGGGACCCAGACGGUCGGCGACAUGAUCCGCGAGUGCAAGCGCACGGGUGGCAUCCUGCUUGUCCAGCCUGAGCACAUUCUGUCGAUGCAGCUUAUGGCUCUGGAAUGCUUCAUCUCGGAUAAGCACGCAAUCGGCGCACAACUCUUGAGCGAAGACGUGCAAGACAUCAUGAGCUCAGCACACGACAUUGUGGACGAGGCAGAUGAGAACUUUGAUGUGCGCUUUGAGCUGAUCUACACGAUGGGGACCCAGAGCACUAUCGAGCUGAGCCCAGAUCGCUGGCUCCUGAUCCAGGAGGUGCUCGAGAUUCUGAGGCUCGUAGCUCCUGGUGUGUCCCGCGAAGCGCCAGCCUCGUUGGAAUGUCACGCGCGAGGCAUAUGCGGAACCUUCCCCAGAACUCGCAUUCUUCGCCAGGACGCGGAGACCAAGCUUCUGCAUCGUCUUGCGCGAUGUAUCUGCGAUCGAGGUCUGUCACGCCUUCGGAUCGCGCGUCAGCCCGCAGCGAUCCGCAUCGCUAUCUACAACUACAUCACCAAGCCAGAUCUCGACCAAUGGGAGAUCGCCAGUGUAGAGCGGUCGAUCUUCUGGACGGAGUCUACCGCCUCGCCGCUUCUUCUGCUUCGCGGCCUGGUAGCUGGUGGAGUCCUGGCCUUCGUGUUUGGGUCGAAGCGAUAUCGGGUCAACUAUGGCUUGACGACUGUUCCCCGGACGCCCCCCUCUCAGCUAGCGGUACCGUAUCGCGCCAAGGACUUCCCGUCCUCGCGCUCCGAAUUCUCGCAUCCGGAUGUGGUCAUCGCUUUGACUUGUUUGAGCUAUUACUACGGUGGACUCUCGGACGACGACCUCUUCACCUCCAUAGGUCAUGUUAUCGGCUCGGAUCAGGCCGAUCUCGAGUACCAGGCGUUCGUCCAGCACUCGCACGAACUGCCUGCUGCCUUUCAUGACCUGCGCGGUAUCAAUCUGAAGGAUCGGCCACAAUGCAUCCGAGAGCUCUUUCCUGCGCUCCGAUUCGCGAAGAAUGUCAUUGAUUACUUCCUCGCGCACAUAGUGUUUCCCAAGGAGAUGAAGGAGUUCCCACUCAAGCUCUCCGCAUCGGGCUGGGAUCUGGGCAAAUCGAAGGUGCGCGGUGGAGGCGCCGUCACAGGUUUCUCUGGCACCAAUGACUCUCGUCGCCUCCUGCCGCUGGAUGUUCGCGAACUCGACCUGCCGGAGCAGAAGCAUACGAACGCACUUGUGCUUGGGUACAUCCUACAGCCCGAGAAUGAUGUUGUCUUACUCGACCUGAGCAAUGACUCGGCGCUUUCUGAGGCCGAGCGCAUGCUGACCCUGGCCACUACUCUAGAGCCCGCAGUCGAAGUCAUCCUCGAUUGCGGGGCUGCCGUCCUGGAGUUGGGAAAUCUCGAAGUGGCAAAGACGUGGCUCCAGAUGCACUCUGGUGCAAAGAGCGCUGUGGUGUUCGUCAAUGAUCGUGACGAGAUUUGCAUUGUCGACCGCACUUCGAGAGUGGAAUUGCUCAGAACCUCUACCUAUGCCGGUCGAUUGGAUUCGUGCUUGGUGUUCUUGGACGAAGCACAUACCCGAGGCAUCGAUCUCAAGUUGCCUCCGCAUUACAGAGCUCUCGUCACACUUGGGGCGGGCGUGACCAAGGAUCGCCUUGUGCAAGCAUGUAUGCGAUUGCGAAAGCUAGGGAAAGGUCAAUCCGUGGUAUUUUGCGUCUCGUCCGAAAUACAAGCCAAAAUUCUGUCGGUGACUGGCAAAUCGGAGCCCUCAUCGAUCAACAUCGCAGAUGUACUCCUGUGGUCAAUUUCGGAGACGCACAGCGACGUGCGCCGCAGCAUGCCGCUUUGGCAAGUCCAAGGGCAGCGGUUUUAUCGACAGCAGGCCCUGUGGGAGGAGUGUGGAGGACACAUGACGGUUGCUACGGCCAAGAAAUUCCAAGAGCAGGAGUGUCAAACGAUUGAGCAUCGAUAUCAUCCGCUCCAGGUGGACGAAACGCCAUCGCACUCGUGUGAUAUAUCUGAAGCCCACCUCCGACGCAUCUCCGCUCGGUGCCAAGAAUUCGACGACUUGGAGUUCACUGCCAGCACUCUACAAGAAGAACAGGAACGCGAACUGUCACCUGAGAUUGAACAGGAGCGUCACGUGCAGCGCCCACCGGCGGCCUCACCUGCCCGCCAUCAGCUCCGGGACGAUGUCAUUCGCUUUGCGAAGCAUGGAAUCUACGAUCCGCAGUCCAAAGCGUACAUGGCUGCGUUUGCAGCGUUCCAAGGAUCGAGCGCAGCAGAGAUGUUCUCACCUGCUCUGCUCAAAUGCAAGCUUCUCGUCAGCGCCGACUUCUACGAGACAUUGGACAUGUCUUCCCACAGCCACAUUUCCGACAGUUAUCAGCGGCCAGUGCAGUGGAUGCUGUCCAACCGUGUGAACGGAAGCAGUGAAGCGGAUUACAUGCUCGUGAUUAGUCCCUUCGAGGCGAACCAAUUAUACCCAGAGAUGAAGCACUCCCGAGGAGCGACCCUGCACAUGUACAAGCCCAAGUGUAACUCCGGAUAUGCAACACUCGAUCAUCUGCUGCUCCAUACUGUCCCUGCACGGGACGUGCCAGAUAUACCGCGCUCACUUGCGGUCGCGGUCAACUUGUUCGCGGGCCAAUUGUACAUCAGCUCUCGCGAGGACUAUCUGGAAAUUUGCGGUUUCCUCGGGCUCUCGGCGAUAGUUGUUACGCAGGAAAUGACAGACAGGGGCUGGCGGCUAGAUGCCACAGGAUUCAUUUUGAGCGAUGACGCCGGCCGAAGCGGAUGCGGGUAUCCCAAGAGUCCGGUGAGUUUCUUCAAAGGAAUGAUCUCGAAGGUGAGAAGGAAUGGCGAGGCCAUCGACAAGACACACAUUGGGCAAUUGCUCGACGGCAGAUUGUUUAGCGAACAGGAUUUCGAUGGGUGACGUCCGAUCUGUAG